UCAUGUUUGAAAUCAAGAAGAUUUGCUGCAUUGGUGCGGGUUAUGUCGGUGGGCCAACCUGUAGCGUGAUCGCGCAGAUGUGUCCCAAGAUCAAAGUUACUGUCGUGGAUGUCAAUGAGGCCAGGAUCAAUGCCUGGAAUUCAGAUACCCUCCCGAUCUAUGAGCCAGGGUUAAAAGAAGUGGUGGAGUCCUGUCGAGGAAGAAACCUCUUCUUUUCCACCAGUAUUGAUGAUGCCAUUAAAGAAGCUGAUCUUGUAUUUAUUUCUGUUAACACUCCAACAAAGACCUAUGGCAUGGGAAAAGGCCGAGCAGCUGAUCUGAAAUACAUUGAAGCUUGUGCUAGGCGAAUUGUACAAAACUCAAAUGGCUAUAAGAUUGUCACUGAGAAAAGCACUGUUCCAGUACGUGCUGCAGAGAGCAUUCGUCGAAUAUUUGAUGCUAAUACUAAGCCUAACUUGGAUUUGCAGGUGCUGUCUAACCCAGAGUUCCUCGCGGAAGGAACAGCCAUCAAAGACCUGAAGAACCCAGACAGAGUGCUUAUCGGUGGAGAUGAUUCUCCAGAGGGACAGAAAGCUGUCCAUGCUCUGUGUGCUGUUUAUGAGCACUGGGUGCCCAAAGAAAAAAUCCUUACAACCAAUACCUGGUCAUCAGAACUUUCUAAACUGGCAGCUAAUGCUUUCCUGGCCCAAAGAAUCAGCAGCAUUAACUCAAUCAGUGCUCUCUGUGAAGCUACAGGAGCAGAUGUUGAAGAAGUAGCAAGAGCUAUUGGAACAGACCAAAGAAUUGGAAACAAGUUUCUCAAAGCCAGUGUUGGGUUUGGAGGUAGCUGUUUUCAGAAGGAUGUCUUGAAUUUAGUGUACCUCUGUGAGGCACUGAACUUACCUGAAGUAGCCCGCUACUGGCAACAGGUAAUAGACAUGAAUGAUUAUCAGAGAAGAAGGUUUGCUUCCCGCAUUAUUGACAGCUUGUUCAAUACUGUCACUGAUAAGAAGAUUGCUAUUUUAGGGUUUGCAUUCAAAAAGGAUACUGGGGACACAAGAGAGUCAUCCAGUAUCUACAUUAGCAAGUAUUUAAUGGAUGAAGGAGCAAAGCUCCAUAUCUAUGAUCCGAAAGUACCUAAGGAACAGAUCAUCUUGGAUCUCUCGCAUCCGGGUGUUUCGGAAGAUAACCAAGUGUCUCGGCUGGUCACUAUAAGUAAAGAUCCCUAUGAAGCCUGUGAUGGAGCUCAUGCUCUUGUAAUUUGCACUGAAUGGGACAUGUUUAAGGAGCUGGAUUAUGAACGUAUUCAUAAGAAAAUGCUGAAGCCUGCAUUUAUCUUUGAUGGUAGGAGAGUUCUUGAUGAUCUUCACAAUGAACUGCAAGUCAUUGGCUUCCAGAUUGAAACCAUUGGGAAGAAGGUGUCAGCCAAAAGAAUUCCUUUUGCUUCUUCAGGUGAAAUUCCCAAGUUCAGCCUGCAGGAUCCACCUGUCAAAAAGCCUAAAGUAUAAUGUUUAAUAGGUGCUGGAGGAAUUCUGUGGACCUUCUUAGUGAUAAUAACUGUAAGCCUAUGCUUUUUUUAAGGAAAGAUAUUUUUCAUAAACUAAAAACCAAUUUUACACCAGAAAUGGUACAUGUUAAUUUAGUCUAUUUUCAAAUUUCUAUUUUUAUAGCAAUUUUUUUGGUUACUGAAGAUGGUACAGACCUGUUUUUAAUACGGAAUCAUCUUUUAAGUGGAAAAGUUACCUUCAAACUGCAGACUUCUGCUUCCAGAAAUGUUUCUAAACUGCACUUUAAAUGUUUCAAGUGAUAUGGAAGCAAAAGAAAUGGAACGCUUUUUACUUUAGUCCAGUUAUGGACAAUGAUCAGGAAUUUUGGUCUCACCAGUUCCUCAUUUUCUUUUUGGAUAAUUCUUUGCCCAGUUAGAUGCUUGUGCUGACUGAGAUUGAAGUCAGAAGAAGUUGAGUGAAUUUGGUAGGAUUUGGGCUGAGCCCUGAAGUAGAGCUGACUGCAGCAGUAAAACCCCGAUCCUGGCUGGGAUCGGUGCGCACUGAUGUGGUCUAAACUACAUCUGUUGGGAAGCCAGGUAAUUCUCCAGGCAUCUAUCAUGUAACCAAUGACAACGGACUAGCACCUGUCAACUGAUCCACUGGCAGAUCUUUACUUUCAAUUCUUUGGUUGUUUUGCCUACAUUCCAUGUGCAGCCACAUAAACUAUUGAUCUAAUCAGAUUCCCGGGGCAAGUUUUUCCUAGUUGCAGCAGUACAACCCAUCUUCAGCAGCGGAGCAUUCUGCUUCUUUGAACAUUGAAUUUAAGCAGAAUUACCUUAAUUUGAUGUUAGUCCACGUAGAAAGCAAAUAUUGGUUUCAAAGGUACCUGUUGGUUAUCUUUUUCCUUCCUUUCUCCUUAAAUACUUCAUCUGAAAGCAGCUUUCUUAACGAAUCUACAAAAAUUAUUCUCUGCUGUUAAAGAAAUCAUUAAAAAUAAAAAUUCGGCCCCAUA